AUGACGACGGCACUCCCCGAGAAGCCAUCCCUCGGGGCCUCCACCUCCGCGGAGGAGGAGGAGGAGCUGGCACACGAUGGCUGUGGCUCUGCCAUCCUUCACGAUGCUUCCGCACACCAGAUCGGACCGCCAGAGGCUUCGGACAAGCAUGCAGAAGACGAAGACGACGACGACGACUCCAGCGAGGAAUUCGAGUUUACGUUCGUAGUGAGAAACCCCGAUACCGAAACCUCCGUCGCCGCAGACGAGAUCUUUUCCUGCGGCAGGAUCAUUCCCGCCUACCCGCUCUUCAACCGCGACCUCCUCCUUCCCCUGUCCGCUGCGGACGAGCCGGCGGCCGUGGAGGGAAUGGCCGUCCAGAUCCCGCUUAGGCAGCUCCUGAUGGAGGAGAGGGGGACAGAGUUAUUCUCGUCGGUGGAGCCGCCGACGACGGAGGAGUGCCGCGCGCCGAAGCCCGACCCGUGCAAGAAGAGCGCGUCCACCGGGUCGUCACUGCGGUGGCGGCUCAGGGAUAUGAUGGUUGGCCGAAGCCACAGCGACGGGAAGGAGAAGUUCGUCUUCCUCGAGGCGGCGCCACCGUCGCCGGCGACAAAAAAGAUCCCGAGCCCGAGUCUUAAAGCGGCGAGGUCAGCGGGGGGAGGGAAGGGGGCGAAGAAUGACGGGCGGGUGGCGGCGACGGAUGUGGCCACCGCCCACCAGCUGUACUAUGGCAAGGGAGCAAGCGAGAAGGCGGCGAGGGGACCACGGCGGUCAUUCUUACCGUACCGGCAAGAGCUCUUGGGGUUGUUCGCACCGGCGAACGGGCUCCGCCGGUCGCAUCACCCCUUGUAG